AUGGAUUUGAAAGGAGGCUCAGAGAGCAGCAAUGAGAGCAUUCGGCCCUCCAACCUGGAAUCCUUCGCCAGUAGAUCCACUCUGCACGGGAUCAGCCACAUUUUUGCCUACGGCCCAAUGAGCAUCCGCAGGAUCCUGUGGAUUCUUUCCUUCCUGGGUUCCUUCAGUCUCCUGUCACUGGUCUGCGUGGAGCGGGUCACUUAUUAUUUCGAAUACCCUCACGUGACCAAACUGGACGAGGUAUCAGCUGGGAACCUGACCUUUCCCGCUGUCACGAUCUGUAACCUCAAUGAGUUCCGCUUCUCCCAGAUCACCCAGAACGACCUGUACCAUGUCGGCGAGUUCCUGGCACUGCUGAACGAGCGCUACGAGAUCACCAGGCCGGCGCUGGCGGAGCCCCACGUCCUGGCUGCCCUGAAGAAACUCGCCAACUUUCGUCACUUCAAACCCAAACCAUUCAACAUGUCCGACUUCUAUAAUCGUACGGGCCACACCAUCCACGACAUGCUGUUAAUGUGCACCUAUCGCGGUGAAAACUGUACUCACCACAACUUCACCACCAUUUUCACCCGAUACGGGAAAUGCUACACCUUCAACUCAGGGAAGGAUGGGAAACCCCUCCUCACUACCAUGAAGGGAGGCACAGGGAAUGGCCUGGAAGUGAUGCUGGACAUUCAGCAGGAUGAGUACCUGCCAGUCUGGGAUAAGACAGAAGAAACAUCCUUUGAGGCUGGUUUGAAGAUUCAGAUCCACACCCAGGAGGAGCCCCCGUACAUCCACGAGCUGGGAUUCGGAGUUGCUCCAGGUUUCCAGACCUUUGUCUCCACACAGGAACAGCGGAUCAUGUAUCUCCCCCCACCGUGGGGGGACUGCAGAAUAUCAAACAUCAACUCGGGCUUCUUCAGCACCUACAGUAUCACAGCGUGCAGGAUCGACUGUGAGACCCGCUACCUGGUGGAGAACUGUAACUGCCGCAUGGUGCACAUGCCGGGGAAUGCUGAUGUCUGCACCCCAGAGCAGUAUAAGGACUGUGCUGACCCAGCCUUGGAGUUUCUGGUGGAACAGGACAGUAGUUACUGUAUGUGUGAGACUCCCUGUAACGUGACACGGUUUGGGAAAGAGAUUUCCAUGGUGAAGAUUCCCAGCAAAGCCUCAGCAAAAUUCCUCGCCAAGAAAUUUAACAGAACAGAGCAGUACAUCAUGGAGAACAUUCUGGUGCUGGACAUUUUUUUUGAGGCUCUCAACUACGAGACCAUUGAACAGAAGAAAGCCUAUGAGGUUGCGGGAUUACUCGGUGACAUUGGGGGUCAGAUGGGUCUGUUCAUUGGAGCCAGUAUUUUAACCAUCUUGGAAAUUUUUGAUUAUUUGUAUGAGGUUUUUAAAGACAAGGUUUCUGGUAUCGUAAAACGCAAGAAAAGGCCAAAGAGAAGCCACAGUGACAAUCUGAGUACCUGCGAUACCCUGAGGAGCCACACAGACAGCCUGGCCUACACUCCCAACAUGCUGCCUCGCCAUCCUACCCUGGGCAACUUUGAGGAGUUUGCCUGCUGACCCCUCCUGCCCAUCCCCGAGGGAGUUCCCAGGGAGGCAGAAGCAGCACGAGCGAGAGCAAGAGGGAGGCAGAGCGAUGACGUCUCAUUCCAAACCAAAGCAGGGAAAGCUGGGAGAGUCUGAAGGGGAGACCAGCAGGAACCAGCAGGUGUGUGGGACACAGUAGCAGCUCCAAAGGAGCCUUGGAUCAUCACCAAAGUCCACCCAACCCUCGUUCAAGACAUUGACUGUCUCAAGUUCUCUUCAAAGUCUGCAUUUCCACUGUUAAAUAUUCCUGUAAUUAUUGUACAGACAGCUGUGCGGGAGCAGCAGGUACAAUGUAAAUGAACAGAAGUAACAGCCAAUUACCGGCCGGUCGUUCACACUUUAAUGAAGCUUUGACAACUGCUUUAUUUUACAACUAACCCUGAAACCCUUCGGAGCAGCGUCGAGAGCCCCACACCUCAGGCUCAAUUCUUCACUCAAGUGUCCAGCAUCGAGCCAGCCACAGGCAGGGCACUACCAUCCCUGAUGAAGGCCUUAUACCCGAAACGUCGAUUCUCCUGCUCCUCGGAUGCUGCCUGACCUGCUGCGCUUUUCCAGCACUACCCUCUCGACUCUGAUCUCCAACAUCGGCAGUGCUCACUUUCUCCCUAUCGCUGACAGUCACGGCUCGCGGCUCUCUGUCAAUCAGGGGAGUGAAUCUUCAGGAAACUAAUGUGUCCACAAUGGAGUCAGCCCCACAAUGCUGCUUCAUGGACUAGGCCGGUGUGUCCCAGACAUUACUACAGCAACACAGAGCCUGGAGAGGCAGGGUCUGCCACCAACUACAUCACUCUUAGUUCAUCCAAUUCCUGCUGUCCAUCACUCCCCGAUCAAUCAACCCAUCACUCCCAGAUCAGCCCCUCACUCCCAGAUCAAUCAACCCAUCACUCCCAGAUCAGCCCCUCACUCCCAGAUCAGCCCCUCACUCCCAGAUCAAUCAAUCCAUCUCUCCCAGAUCAAUCAAUCCAUCACUCCCAGAUCAAUCAACCAUUCCUAAAUCAGUUGAUCACACCUAGAUCAAUCGAUCACUCACAGGUCAGUCAAUCACCCAUGCACUUCAAAGAAUAUAAUCCUCCCCCCCGGUCUAACUCCUCCAACAACACUCUACUCUUUCACAAUAAAGUACAGCAGGUCAGGCAGCAUCCGAGAGCAGGAGAGUCGAUGUUUCGGACAUGAAGGGGUUGUCUCUCCUGCUCCUCAGAUGCUGCCUGACCUGCUGUGAGUUUCCAGCACCACACUCUCGCCUCUGGUCUCCAGCGUCUUCAGUCCUCACGUUCCACAGAACGGAGAUACUGUUCCAACAUAGAUACUGGGUAAGUGCAGGUUGGUACGACAGUAUGUGAUUAUGUGCAGGGAGAGGCUGCAGUAAGGGGACUCAGUGCGAGGGAGCGCUGUGAGUGCAGAGUGUGAGGGUACACGGUGAGGGAGCAGUGGGGAGAGGUGUGUGUACAGGACAGUGUGUCGCACGGGGAGAGGUGUGUGUACGGGACAGUGUGUCGCACGGGGAGAGGUGUGUGUACGGGACAGUGUGUCGCACGGGGAGAGGUGUGUGUACGAGACAGUGUGUCGCACGGGGAGAGGUGUGUGUACAGGACAGUGUCUCGCACGGAGAGAGGUGUGUGUACGGGACAGCGUCUCGCACGGGGAGAGGUGUGUGUACAGGACAGUGUCUCGCACGGGGAGAGGUGUGUGUACAGGACAGCGUCUCGCACGGGGAGAGGUGUGUGUACGGGACAGCGUCUCGCACGGGGAGAGGUGUGUGUACGGGACAGUGUCUCGCACGGGGAGAGGUGUGUGUACGGGACAGCGUCUCGCAUGGGGAGAGGUGUGUGUACAGGACAGUGUCUCGCACGGGGAGAGGUGUGUGUAUGGGACAGUGUGUCGCACGGGGGAAGGUGUGUGUAUGGGACAGUGUGUCGCACGGGGAGAGAUGUGUGUACAGGACAGCGUCUCGCACGGGGAGAGGUGUGUGUAUGGGACAGUGUGUCGCAUGGGGAGACGUGUGUGUAUGGGACAGUGUGUCGCACGGGGAGAGAUGUGUGUACAGGAUAGCGUCUCGCACGGGGAGAGGUGUGUGUACGGGACAGUGUGUCGCACGGGGGAAGGUGUGUGUACGGGACAGUGUGUCGCACGGGGAGAGAUGUGUGUACAGGACAGCGUCUCGCACGGGGAGAGGUGUGUGUAUGGGACUGUGCGUCGCACGGGGGAAGGUGUGUGUACGGGACAGUGUGUCGCACGGGGAGAGAUGUGUGUACGGGACAGUGUGUCGCACGGGGAGAGGUGUGUGUACGGGACAGUGUGUCGCACGGGGAGAGGUGUGUGUACAGGACUGCGUCUCGCACGGGGAGAGGUGUUUGUACGGGACAGUGUGUCGCACGGGGAGAGGUGUGUGUACGGGACAGUGUGUCAGACGGGGAGGGGUGAAAGUGGUGAAAAAUGUGUUGCUGGAAAAGCGCAGCAGGUCAGGCGGCAUCCAAGGAGCAAGAAAAUCGACGUUUCUUCAGGGCUUAUGCUCGAUUCUCCUGCUCCUUGGAUGCUGCCUGACCUGCUGCGCUUUUCCAGCAACACAUUUCUCAGCUCUGAUACUCAGCAUCAACAGUCCUCACUCCCUCAGAGGUGUAUGUGUGGACAGGACAGUGUCAGAGACACAGCUCCCCUGUUAGUAACUCUGGCCUCACUUCCCAUGAUCAGUAGCGCUAUUGUAAGUGAGGAAGGAGAUGACUCGUACUGAUGUCAGUUUAUCAUGCUGUCAUUGCCUUUUGGAAUGGGGUGCCUCUCCAUUGGCAGGCCCGGUUACCCCAGUAGUGACAUCACUAGCCUCGCAAUCCCAAUCCCAGGUUAAUAUUCUGCAGAUUCCGGUUCAAAUCCCAUGAUAGCAGAUGGUCAAAUGUGAACUCAAUCAAAGUGUGGUAUUCUGGGCGUGGUGCUGUCAUGGGCAAGAUCAGCUGGUGACAAGCUUCUGGGUCUCACUGAUGUCCUUCAGUGAGGGAAAUCUGCCAUCCUUACCCAGUCUGGCCUACAUGUGACUCCAGACUCACAGCAAUGUGGUGAACCUUAACAGCCCUCUGGGUGAGAAAUGCAGGCUAUGAACACAUCAAAACACGGCCAGGAUGAUGUGUGGAGCGGGUGACCACGUUGCAGAGCAGCUCUGAGUGCUCCCCUCCCGGGGGUCAGUGAUUUUAAUUUUCCAUCUUGUUUCUCCUCUGACCUUUCAGUCAGUGACCAGCGACAGUGUUACAGUGAAGCACAACGCAAAGAUUAACCCCCAUCCCCUUCAAUAACGCACCUUCAUAACCAUGGCCCUUCUCUUCCAGUGUUUGCUCUUGCUUUCUGGGUGGUGGGUUUGUCUUUGCUCGUUUCUUCCGUGGUCAUUCAUGUUGUAUUCAGUUGGUUGUUAUGUAGCUACUGACGCCUGUUCGGGAGACCGUUAUUGUUCUAGCCCAUGUCCACGUGCAUGAUCCCUCCCUCGUCUGUUGCUUCAUGAAAUCGGGCGUUACUCAAUCACUCCGCGUCUGCCACAGCUCUUCCCUUAUUUCUGUUCCCGCCUUAAAGGUUCAUAAAUGCUGAUGAAACCUGAACCAUAAACCUUGUUUCAGGAGCUGCCCGGCCUGUUGAGUAUUUCCAGCAUUUCCUGGCCUCGGGUCAGAUUUCCUGCGGUCCAGCUGCCUUGUUUUGUGUGGAGUUACACAGGGAGCUGUGGGAGAAAGCCAGUCACUCACCCCCAUACGGUCAACACCGCUGGCCAGCUCCCUCCCACCUGCCAUCUUGGGACUCAGAGGGGGCACAUACUGGGCCAGACCCACCGAACCCUCCUUACCCCCUCCCAGAGUGAUUGGGUGCAGGAGGCAACAUUUUAGUGAAGAGGUGAACACAGUUGGAAUUUUUUUCGAGAAUUCUGUACUGAGGUGAGAUUCCUGCCUUAGAACCUCAGGGUCAGGGGUCAGGGGUCGGCUAUUCAGCCCCUUUCAGCCUGCUCCUGAUUCUAUUCAAUAAGAUCAUUCAACCGAGUCCCCCGUCCCUGCUUUCUCCCCAGAUCCUUUAGCCCCAAGAACUACACCCAAUGCCUUCUUGAAAACAUUCAGUAUUUUAGCCUCAGCCCCUUUCUGUGCUGGAUAAUCCCACAGGCUCCCCCACUCUCUGGGUGAAGACAUUCCCCACCCCCCCACCUCAGUCUGAAAUGGCCCACCGUAUCCUGAGACUGUGACCCCCGCCUGGUUCUGGACUCCCCGCUCACCGGGAACAUCCUUCCUGUGUUUACCCUGCCCAGUCCUGGUAGAUUUGUGGUGGGACAGCCUGCAGAAGUGUUGCGUGGUUGUAGACGGUGGAUGUGGGGCUGGGUUGGAUGCUUUGUGAAUGGAGCUGUCCUUUGUGUUCCUUGUUACUCCAGUUCCUGUGUGUAUGACCCUGCAUGCUGACCAUUCCAUUCGGCCUUUAUGAUAUAUAUAUAUAUAUAUAUAUACAUACACAUAUAUAUGAAUAUUAAUAUGCCAGUAAUGAUAUACUCCAGCACAUAUCAAACUCUUCUCCAUUGUC